AUGGCCUAUUACCAUCGCCCAGACGACCAUUGUCAGACAGGCUACAGUUACCAGCAAUCCACUUACUCCCAGCCAGACUCUUAUCACUCAUCCUCCCUCCCGCACCCCUCAUCCUCCCCAUCCCCCGCCGGCGGGUACACCACUUCUCACCACACCCCCUCGCCCACCACCAGGGCAGCCUACCCAGGGUACUACCAGCCACAGCCCACUUCAUCGUCUCUCGACUCGCAUACGAUGAUGUACGGCAGACCCAGUCCUGCUUCAGGGCAGCAGACCUAUGGCGGAGGUGCCGCACCGGGAGAAGUGUUCAGAGGGCCUGGCGCCGCUGCACCUCCCAUAUCCUAUAAUCCCCCUCAGCCUCAGCUCCAGCCCCGCCCCUCCUUCUCCUCUCACCACUCGGACUAUCCUGACGACGGCAAGUCCUACACCUCCACAACACACUUUGCCAAUCAAAAGGAAUGGGACGUUGGUAACGUCGUGCCUGCUAUGCCUCAGCAAAUGCCACAGCAGAGGCAGCCGUAUCAGUACCAGGCGUACCCUCCUCCUCAGUCUGCGCCCUCGCCGAGAUUUGCUGCUGGCGGCACCUCACAUUGGCAUGCUAUGCGCAAUCAGCUCCUCGAGCGACGAGUCAUCAAGCAGAUCCCACUCACCAAUGGGAACCUCGUCAUGGACGUCCCUGUUCCAAAAGGAGUCAUCCCUAGUACCAAAGGCUUAGGUACGCAGGAUGGCGAGAUGGAUAGUAUGCGCUACACUGCGGCUACGUGCGACCCAAAUGAUUUCAUGCGAAGCAAGUUUAAUCUCAGGCCUUAUCUGUAUGGAAGAAGGACAGAGCUGUUUAUUGUCAUGACAAUGUACAAUGAGAAUUCAGAGCUGCUCCUCCUCACCCUCAACGCAGUCAUCAAGAACAUCGCCCACCUCACCACCCGCACGCGAUCCAAGACUUGGGGGCCCGACUCUUGGAAAAAGGUUGUCGUAUGUAUCGUUGCCGACGGUCGAAAGAUUGUGGACCCAAGAGUUCUCAAGGUGCUUCAGUUGAUGGGCGUUUAUGCCGAAGGUGUCAUGAAAGAUCAUGUCCUCGACAAAGAGACCGAGGCUCACAUUUUCGAGUAUACUUCUCAAGUCGUCGUAUCUCACGACGGUGAAGUUGGUUUCGGUACAACACCAGUCCAAAUGAUGUUUUGUCUCAAAGAAAAAAACAAAAAGAAGCUCAACUCUCAUCGCUGGUUCUUCAACGCCUUUGGCCCUCUCAUCAAACCCAACGUCUGUAUUCUCCUCGAUGUCGGAACAAAACCAUCCGGCACAUCCAUCUACGAGCUGUACAAGUGCUUUGAGAAACACGCCAACGUGGGCGGCGCUUGUGGCGAGAUUUACGCAGAUACCGGGAGGUGGGGCAAGAAUCUUUGGAACCCGCUGGUGGCAGGGCAGAACUUUGAGUACAAGAUGAGUAAUAUAUUAGACAAGCCGUUUGAAUCAGUGUUCGGAUUGAUCUCAGUUCUUCCGGGUGCAUUUUCAGCCUAUCGCUACGCCGCCGUAUGCAACCAUCCAGACGGCACCGGUCCCCUCGCCUCCUAUUUCAAAGGAGAAGCCAUGCACCAGCCCGGAGCUAAAGCGACUAUAUUCGACCGCAACAUGUACCUCGCCGAAGACCGUCUCUUGUGUUACGAGAUCACCACCAAGAAGAAUGCCAAGUGGAGACUGCAGUAUGUCAAGAGCGCCAAAGCGGGGACCGAUGUGCCGGCCACCGUGCCAGAGUUCAUCUCGCAGAGGAGAAGAUGGUUGAAUGGGUCGAUCUUUGCGGCGACUUAUUCAAUCGUCUGUUUCUGGAGGAUCUGGACGAGCGGACACAAUAUCAUCCGAAAGUUCUUGUUGACUAUUCUGGUCAUCUAUAAUCUCAUCAACCUGAUUUUCAGCUGGCUGUCAAUCUCUUCCUUUUACCUGGCAUUCUUCUUCCUUAUCAGCUCUUCCAUCUCUGGCGACUCGGACCCGUUUGGCGGAGCAGGAGAUGAAAUUUUUCAAGUGUUCAACAAAGUCUACAUUGGUCUCAUUUUCGUGGUCCUGGUGUGUUCCCUCGGUAACAGACCCCAAGGUUCGAACUACAUGUAUACCAUUUGCAUGCUGCUGUUUGCUGUCUGUCAGGGGUUGCUGCUAUACUGCGCUGGCUACACUGUCUACCAGACAGUGCCUCACACCGCCGAUGGCUGGAAGGAUGUAUCAGCGCUGUUUGACAACAAGACCUUUGUCCAGCUCGCUUUAUCCCUCAUGGCAACAUAUGGCCUCUACUUGGUCUCUUCGAUCCUGUACUUUGAGCCUUGGCACAUGCUCACCUCAUUCGUCCAAUAUCUCCUCCUCCUCCCUUCUUACGUCAACAUACUUCUCAUCUACUCCAUGUGCAACCUCCACGACGUAUCCUGGGGUACCAAAGGUGAUAACGGUGCUUCUAAGGACUUGGGCCAGGCUAAAAAGGUGGAGAAGGACGGAAAGGAGAUGCUGGAAGUGGCGUUGCCGACAAAGCAAGAGGACGUAGAGGCGCUUUGGCAGCAGGCAAGGCAAGAGCUGAGGGUGCCUGUCAAGGAGAAGGAGGAGAAGAGGAGCGCAGAGACCAAACAGGCCGACGACGACCGCAAUUUCCGUACCAACGUUGUUCUCUUGUUUAUCGGCUGCAACUUGCUCGUCAUCUUGCUAUUCACCUCGUCAACCUUUACAAACUGGGUAAACUCUCACUUUGUGGAAGCAACCAACACGACAUUCAACCCUUACUUGACCGUCAUCUUCUACGCUGUUUUGGGACUGUCAGCCCUUCGAUUUGUUGGCUGUGUUUUAUACCUCAUCUUCCGUCUCUGUGGAUACUAG